GGAUUCAAUGUAUGAAUGUAUAUUAAAACGUCACUGCUUGCUACUUAUUAUUCCAUCCAUCUGUUUAUUCACAAACACCACGAUCGACGGGGAAAAACCUCUAAUAUAAACCAGAAUAUUGCUUGAUAAAAAAAAUUGUAUUUCUUCUUCGCAGAACAAUAGAACCAACUAUUUUCGUACACAUUCACCAGCAUCAUCCGUCCUAUUAACCGGCAGCGAAUCAGAUUCGAGGAUUUCAUCUUCACCAUCGGCAUCCGAGUAUAGUUACAGUGACUCAUCGAAUGUUUUCGCUAUGGAAACACUGAAUUUAGCUGAGGAAUCCUCAGUUUCCUACAUGGAAACUGAUGGUUGCAAACCUUACAUACAAAUUACCGAACAACCAAUUGACAAAUUUCGCUUCCGUUACAAAUCGGAAAUGCAUGGCACCCACGGUUGCCUGAGCGGUUUAUCUACGAACAAAGUUAAGAAAACCUUUCCCACCGCUGAAUUGAAGAAUUUUCAUGGAGAGGCGAUCAUUAGAUGUUCACUGUUUCAAGUCGAUACGCUGACUAAACUUCACCAUUCCCAUAGUUUGGUGGUCAGGAAAGACAACGAUGACAUAAAGGAUCCACACGAUGUCGAAGUGUCACCAAGCAAAGGAUAUACAGCAGUUUUUGUUGGAAUGGGAAUCAUUCAUACCGCGAAAAGGUUUAUCGUCGAAGAACUUCACGAAAAACUUGUCCGAAGGACGACAUUUGAGAAGGGAAGAGAAAUUACAGAGCGAGAGAAUCAGCAACUUCUCACUAGAGCUGAAAAUGAAGCGAAAAAUAUGAACUUGAACAAGGUGUGCUUGUGCUUCGAAGCGUUCUAUUUAAUCGACGACAACUGGGUCAGCAUAUGCGAACCAGCAUUAUCUAAUCCAAUAAAUAACAUGAAAAGUGCUCUGACUGGUGAACUGAAAAUAACCAGACUCAGUACAAACAUCAGCGAGGCGAACGGUAACGAAGAUAUCUUUCUGUUUGUUGAAAAAGUCGGAAAAAAAAAUAUCAAAGUUCGCUUCUUCGAAGUGGACGAGAAUGAUGAACCGAUAUGGGAAGAUUGGGGUCGAUUUUCCGAAGUGGACGUUCACCAUCAAUAUGCAAUCGCACUUCGUACACCACCAUACAAGGACAAAGACAUUGAGGAGAAUGUGAAUUGUUUCAUUCAGCUAGUUCGUCCAUCCGACCAGUGCUUUUCCGAUCCCAAGCCCUUCCGCUAUAAGCCCAGCCGUUCGGUGAGUUCAAGGAAGCGGGCACGGCUGAAUACCCCAUACAGUUCAGCCGAAUUACCAACCACACUGCACGAAAUGCAAACGAUAUCCAAGGAAUUCAACAAAUCAGGAAUCAUUGCCGAUGUUAUCAAUCAGAAAACGGAUUCACACCAAGAGAGUUUCGAUAAUUUUUUGAAAUUUUUAUCGAACGAAAUGAACGAGGAUCUGGACUCACUGAUUGAUCCUAACGAAUUAUUGGAUUCAAAGGAAAUAAGUAAAGAGCUGAAGAAGCUAGGUCCAUCGAAUGGGCUGCUUAGAACGGAUGGUGUCGCUGUGCCGAAUGCCGAAGAGUCUUCGAAUGAACUAUGCAAAGAAUUGCUCAUUCCGUUGAUGCACAAAAUCAUAAUUAGAAAUUCCGCUGACGUAGCCGCUGACAAGAUCAGAAGCUUAUUCGCCUGUGAAUACGAGAACGGUCGAUUCAUUAUAGACUACUUGAUCACAUACAAUCCAGCACUUUUCAAGCUAUUUUUGACUUACGUGGAGAGACUCCGUAUGCCAGACCUGUUGGAUUACCAAAAUGAUCGGAAGAAGUCGUGCUUUCACAUUGUUUGCGAAAAUUGUCAACCCGACGCUAUUAUCAGCAUUGUCCCAACAUUAAUUCGCUUAGGCGCUGAUCCAAAUGUAACGGACUACAAGGGCGACACUGCUCUGCAUGUUAUCAUUCGCGAUGAUAAGCUGUUCAAAUGUGCCGACCUGUUUAUAAACGGAAACUAUCCGAGCCAUCGCAAACUGAAUCUUGAAAUCGAAAAUUUCGACAGCCUAACACCACUACUGUUGGCCUGUCGAUUGAAUCGAGUGGAAAUCGUUCACUCAUUGCUCAAGGCUGGCGUUUCGGUCGAUGGAGCUUACAAGAAAGAUGGCAAUAAUGUCCUGCACAUUGCAGUUAGCGAGAAUUCCGACGAAUUGGUCUCGUUGCUGCUCAGCCAAACGACUAUUGAUGUGACCCGGAAGAAUAAUGCGGAUCAAAUGCCGAUUGAAUUGGCUAUGGCGGCAGAGCCACAGAAUCGCAAGAUUCUUCAUGUGCUGAAGCGUAGAUACGACCAGCGAUUGCAGCUAGAAUGUCCGUUAACUGACAGCAGCGAUGAUUCAGAUGAAGAAACUUCGUCUGAAUCUGACAUUGAUGAAAAAUUCGGACAAUUGAGUUUCGUUUCGAACAAAUAUCCGACUGAUAUAAAAGUGGAACCUUUCGAUGCCGACGCAGCACCGUCAGUAAUAGUAACCACACAAGAAUAUCAAGAAAGUGCACGCAAUGUCAGCGAAUACAUAUUCGAUGAUACGUGCUUAGAGCAAUUGUGUCAUUGGUUUAACAGAUCAGAUCGAUGGAAACGAUUGGCAAGGUGCAUGGACCUGGAGGCUUUUGUGAAUGUAUGGGCGUCAUCGAAAAAUCCGUCUAGGAUGUUAUUCAAAUUUUCAGAGGUACAAGGAACAAGUCUCAAGCAAAUAGUAGACAUUUUUAAGCAACUUAAUGAGUCAACUGCUUUGGUGUACAUUGAUGAGAUGAUUGCCCGACAACUGGAAGAGGAUUAUUAGUAUUACAGAUCAUUAUAUACAGACAGGUUUCUCUUUUUUAUUUUAAUAAACGACUACUUAAUGAAACA